AUGUAUGAUGAUAAUCUUAAAAUCACGAAAAAUGGAACUGUUGAAAACAUAGAUUUUUAUAGAUUGGGAAAAUUUCAUAUUAUUGGUGAUGAUAGUAUCGAUAUCUCAUGUGAAUGGAAUAGAUACCCGUUCUACAUUCAAGCAAAAUUUCGAAAUCUAUGUACAAAUUGUAAAAAUAAAAACAAAAAAUCUUGUUUACAUAAUUACUAUUAUGACAGGAUGAAAGAAGAUAUUUUAAAAUUUGAUAAAAAACUAUUAGAAUAUAAAGUACCUGUUUUUGGAAUGUUUAUCGUUAAUGAGCUUGUUGAACUUCCUUAUAGUGGAAUCAAACAACUAAAUUUAAAAAACCAAAUACAAAUAUUACAAUAUUCAGAUGCUUUAAUCGAUGAUAUUAAUGAAUUAGGAAAUACUUUUUUAAAAGAAGAUCAUAGAUUUAAUAAUAUAAAAAUCAAAAAAGAUUUUUUCGAAGAAUUAAAAAUAAGUUCAAUUUAUUGGUAUUUUGAAAGUUAUCUAAACAAAAUUAAUAAUUCUGACAAAAUUUUUUACAAUAAUUUAAAAAAUUUUUUACAAUAUUUUAGAGAAGCAUAUCCUUUCUUAAAUCAAAAAAAUAAUAUAAAUGAUAUAUUGGAUAAAUCUUUUAAUAAUAAAUUAAAUAUUGUAACAUAA